CUGUGUAGUCAGCAGCAACCUCGUGGUGUUGUGGAAAUUUGUGUGUGAUAUUCUCCAGGUUAUGUUCGUAACAACUAAAUACCUGAGUUGUUAGUGCUUGUUUUUGGCCUGACCGUUAAAAUCGCUACGUGUAUCUUCGUAAAAGAAACGGCUGAGUGUGUGACGUGCUGUCAGGAGCAGUUUGUCUACGAAGUAAUGUCCUCAUAUACUUCGUGGCUAACGAGAAAAGGCUGACAGUGAAAUUCAAAGGUUGCCCAUACUGUAGAACUGAAGCGAUGGACCAGGAGCCAACUAAGUGGAUAAAAAAAGAUGAAACUGAUGAAGUACAAACUGAGUUACACUUCAUAGGCCAAGAUUAUCCAUGCAGCUUGAAUGUAAAAGAAGAGUUGGAGGAGGGUGUGAAUAAAGAGUUUCUUGAAGACCCAUUAAAGGCUGGCGACCCUAGUGUUUGUGUAAAGCAAGACCCUGAACUGAAACGCCAUGCUUCUGGAUCUGAGCAUAAUUCUGUUGAAGAUCCAUUGGGAAUAUCUUUGUCCACUGAUUUUAUCAAGGAGGAUCCUGAAUUAAAUAUAACUGAGAAUACUGUGGAAACCUCAAUAAGAUGUGCAUCUGAUAGUGCAAGAUUUCCUCAGACUACUGGUGGGAGGUGCAGCAUAUCAUGUGAAGAACCUUGUCACCAUAGACUGGUCCAGGAUGAGUUGGUGAUAGACAUGGAGAAGUCAACACAUGGGUUCAGUGCCAAUACAGAAGAUAUGACUGUUGAUAAGGAAUGCUCAGUUGCCACCCAAUAUGACUGUAGUACGAGGGAAAAGGAAUUACAUGUAUAUAGCUGUAAUUUCUGCCAACAGAGCUUUUCUUCAAAAUACAGACUCAUAAUGCAUGUGUUUAUGCACAUUGGUGGAGCGCAACCACCUUCGUAUGUUUGUAAGUGGUGUGGUGAGGUAUUUCACAGUAAUGUUGGCUUGAAAAAGCAUAUGAGAAUGAGUGAGAAUUGUCGAGUUUUAACUGCAGACAGUCAUGAAAAAUAUGGACAUGGUGAUGAGCAUCAAACCACUACCUCGUUGGAUAGCGAGGCAGAAGUUUCUGUCACAGAACACAAUGACCAGUCUUCAUGUAAGGAAACUUGGAAAGAUUCAAACAAGCCCUCUAAUGACAUAUGUAACACACAUAUGACAAAUGAUAGAGAGAAAACAAGUUAUUAUGGAACUUUGUCUAUAGCUGUUAAUGUCAGUGCCCAGGCUGAUCUACUUACGGCAAACAGAACUCACAGAUGUGGCAUUUGUGGCAAAUUGUUUGCUAGGGUUGAUGUUCUCAACAGACAUGUUUCCAUUCAUACUGGGAAAAGACUUCACAAAUGUGAUAUUUGUGACAAAUGGUUUGCCCAGUCACGUUAUCUAAAGGCUCACACAUUAAUUCACACUGUGAAGAAACCUUACAUGUGCAAGAGUUGUGGGAAAUCUUUUACUAUGUUAGGUGAUCUCGAGAAACAUUCAUUAAUUCACACUGGAAAUAAACCUCACAAAUGUGAGAUUUGUGGGAAAUCUUUUGCUGCGUCAAGCUAUCUCAAGAAUCACGUUUUAAUUCACACUGGAAAGGAACCUCACAAAUGUGAGAUUUGUGGGAAAUCUUUUACUAAGUUAGAUAAUCUGAAGCAACACUCAUUAAUUCACACUGGAAAGAAACCUCACAAAUGUGAAAUUUGUGGGAAAUCUUUUGCUGCGUCAGGCUCUCUCAAGCAACACUUAUUAAUUCACACUGGAAAGAAACCUCACAAAUGUGAGAUUUGUGGGAAAUAUUUUACUAUAUUAGGCAAUCUUAAGAAACAAUUAUUACUUCACACUGGAAAGAAACCUCACAAAUGUGAGAUUUGUGGGAAAUCUUUUACUAUGUUAGGUGAUCUCAAGAAACACUCAUUAAUUCACACUGGAAAGAAACUUCACAAAUUUGAAAUCUGUGGGGAAUCUUUUGCUACAUCAGGUGAUCUCAAGACACAUGCAUUUCAACACACUGGAAGUGGACCUCAAAAAUGUGGUAUCUGUGACAAAAGUUUCACUUACUUGGAUACUCUCAAGACACAUGCAUUACUUCACGUCAGAAAGAAAUUGUAAGUAUGUGUUAGUUUAUGCAAAUAGGUUUUCAUGGUUGGUGCCCUCAAGGCCUAUAAAAUAAUGUAUGUACCAGGGGACAAUAAAUUGUACUUUCGGCAAAAUAACUUUUAAAUCUGGUAGAAUUGUGAAAAAACUUGUAAUGAUGUGUACUAUAGAGUGCUAACAGAUGUGACAAAAAAUUCAUAUCUGUAGCUUCAAAUGUCAAAUGGUAUUACCAAAUACUCAAGAAACAUGAAUCAAAUGUGAUUUUGUCAUUAGCACUACUGCUUUUUCCUAUUGAUCUUGCGACAAGAAGAUUGUGAAUUGUGAUAAAUCCUUACAUUUGUCAGUAAUCAUAAGUAUCUUGCAAUAUUCAGUAUAAGGCCAAGGAAAUGUGAUGACUUGCUGCUUGAUAUUCCAAACAAAGUCAUCAUGUAGUACUUGUAACUCUGUAUUUUAGAAACAGUGACAGUAAAAAUAUAUUCAUGGCACUAGCUUCAUUGAGGCUAGUAAACUCAAUACUGGAGAAA